AACCUGCCUCAGCUAUGGAUACCUGUCUGACAUUCCUAUGCGUGCUUGCCGCCUGCUUGGUGGGACAAAUAGCGACCCAGGGCUAUUAUCCGUCCUACUAUGGGGGCAAGGGAGGGUCAUAUUACGGGGGCAAAGUGGGAAAAGGCAGUAUAUGGGACUAUUACGAUAAAAAGUACUCCUACAACCCUUACGGCUAUGGAUCUAGCAUGGAUAAAGGAAGUAACGACAGAGGAAGCGGGGAAAAUGGAAACGGAAAUGGUAUGGACAACGGAAGUGGAAGAAACGGAGAUGACAGAAAUGGAAGAAACGGGGAUGACAGAAAUGGAAGAAACGGGGAUGACAGAAAUGGUAACGGGAAUGGCGACGACAAUGGUAAUGGUGAUAAUGGUAUGGAUUCCUGGAUUUAUCCAAGUAAAUCAUAUCUCCCUAUUGGAGGGUAUAAGUUCAAGCUGGGAUAUCCUUACACCUCUUACAUCCCUAAAUAUUCCUAUACAUAUUCUGGAAAGAACGGAGAUUAUGGUAAAAAUGGUGACAAAAAUGGAAACAGAAAUGGCGACAGUAAUGGUAAUGGUAACAAUGGUAGUGGUGAAAAUGGUAAUGGUGACGACAAUGGUAUGGGUUCCUGGUUCUCGGGCUAUAAACCAUACAGACCAUACAAAUCAUAUUAUCCUUACACAUCCAAAUCACGGUAUAGCAGUAAAUACUAUUACUAUGGGAGAAAUGACGACGAUAAUGGAAAUGGCGACGAUAAAAGAAACGGCGAUGAUAAUGGUAAUGGCAAUGGUGAUGACAAUGGUGACGACAAUGGUAUGGGUUCGUGGUUCUCUGGCUAUAAGCCAUACAGACCAUACAAAUCGUAUUAUCCUAUAAAUUCUAAAUCUUAUUAUCCAAGCAAAUACUACUACUAUGGCAGAAAUGGUGAUGACAACGGAAAUGGAAAUGGCGAUGAUAAUGGGAAUGGAAACGGCGAUGACAAUGGGAAUGGAAACGGCGAUGAUAACGGACGUGGUAGAAAUGGUGAUGAUAUGAAUGAUGAUAUGAGGACAUUCUCUUAUUCUGACAGAUCUUACAGACCAUAUACUCCAUACAAACCAUAUAAACCAUAUAAGCCAUACUCGCCAUACAAGUCCGCAUCAUGGUAUCCAAGCAAGUACUAUUACUAUGGAAGAAAUGGUGACGAUAAUGGAAACGGCGAUGAUAAUGGAAACGGAAAUGGCGAUGAUAAUGGUAAUGGUAGUGGUGAAAAUGGUGAUGACAAUGGUAUGGGUUCCUGGUACAGGCCGUACAGAUCAUUCAAAAGAUACAGAACAUAUAGUCCGUUCAGAUCAUAUUCCUACAGAUACAAGCCUUGGUACCCAAGCAAAUACUACUAUUAUGGCAGAAAUGGUGAUGAUAACGGAAAUGGCGAUGAUAAUGGAAACGGCGAUGAUAAUGGGAAUGGAGAUGAUAACGGUAAUGGUGAUGAUAUGAAUGAUGAUAUGAGGACAUUUUCUUAUUCUGACCGAUCUUACAAACCAUAUACUCCAUACAAACCAUAUAAACCAUAUAAACCAUAUAAGCCAUACUCGCCAUACAAGUCCGCAUCAUGGUAUCCAAGCAAGUACUAUUACUAUGGAAGAAACGGUGACGAUAAUGGAAACGGCGAUGAUAACGGAAACGGCGAUGAUAAUGGAAACGGAAAUGGCGAUGAUAAUGGUAAUGGUAACAAUGGUAGCGGUGAAAAUGGUGAUGACAAUGGUAUGAGUUCCUGGUAUUCUGCCUACAGGCCAUACAGACGAUACAGAACAUAUAGUCCAUUCAGAUCAUAUUCCUACAGAUACAAGCCUUUGUACCCAAGCAAAUACUACUAUUAUGGCAGAAAUGGUGAUGAUAACGGAAAUGGCGAUGAUAAUGGGAAUGGAAACGGCGAUGAUAAUGGGGAUGGAAACGGCGAUGACAACGUAAAUGGUGACGACGACAGCAUGAGAACAUAUUUUUCGUCAUUUAGAUCUUACAGACCCUUCUACCAACGCAGACGAUACACCCCUUACGUGUAUAAAUAUAAGUAUCCUAGCUACUAUUCACUCAAGAAAUACUACAAAAAGAAGAGAUACAGUUAUUGAGGAUAAGACUUGAUCUAAAAGUAUAUCUUGGAUGUUUGUUUGGGAUGUUAACGGUUGGAAG